AUUGGAAAAAAAAGAUUCCAAAUGGAGCUGGGUCACGUCAUACACCACAACCAUAGCCCACCGAAACAUGUCCAUCUUAGAGCAAGAAUAAAUUCGGAGUACUCCGUAGUAAAGUUAGUUAUAAACACGUAGUUUUAGGCCACGCUCGCAUGCUCAACACCAUCCCUGCUGCUACUUCAUUGCCCCAUCUCUUCCACCAUCACCACCCCUAGUCUCCACUGAGAGAGUGGAGUGGAGUGGCGCUCGUUCCCUCUCCUUCUUGGCAUGUCAACGCGAACAAAAAGUAUCCUCCCAUCCAUCGCCUCCGGACGGAUAUAAAGCCAACCCUCAAAGGCCAAAACGUACCCAAGAUCGAAACCACACGGUCUGCCUGCCUGAGCCAAGAGCAACCCUGAGGUUUGCCUGAGAGAGAGGCCUUGCAUACUUAGUCAUCACUGCGGAAUCAAUGGAGCCGAGCGCGGAGUUGUCCAUGGCGCCAGCGGCCAACGGCAGGAAGCGCAAGUGCCCACCGCGGCCCGGCCUGGGUGACAUCCACCAGGACAUGCUGGAGCGCGUCCUGGCGCGCCUCCCGCCGGCCAGCUUCUUCCGCCUCCGCGCCGUCUGCCGAGGCUGGCGCGCGGCCGCCGCGUCCCGGACAUUCCUGGACGCCUGCGCCCGCGUCCCUCGCCGCGACCCGUGGUUCCUCAUGCUCUCCGACCACCGGCCCCACCACCCCGUCGCCUUCGACGCCGCCGAGCGCUCCUGGCUGAAGAACGCGUGCCACGCCGAUGCCGCGCCGGGGCCAGCCGUGCCGGUGGCCGCGUCGGGCGGCCUCGUCCUCUACCGCGCGCCGGCCACGGGCGCGCUCUCCGUCUCCAACCCGCUCACCCGCGCGUCCGGCGCGCUCCCCCCGGCGCCGCAGCCGUCGCAGGGCCAGCAGCAGCAGCUCCACGCCAUUGCCAUGUACGGCUCCCCCUACCGCGUCGCGCUCUUCACGGGCGAGCUCCUCGACGACCUGUCCAUGGCGGUGUUCGACUCCUCCAAGGGCUCCUGGGAGACCCCCGUGGCGCUCGCCCGGAGUCGACCCUCAGCGGACGCGCCCCCGGUGCAGGACACCGACACGGUCUACUUCCUGAGCAAGUCGGGCGACGUGGUGGCCACCAACAUGCAGCGCAGCGCGUCCAAGCAGUACUCCUCCGUGGUCGUCCCGUCCAACUCAAACGACACGGCCGCCGUCGCCUACUUCCUGAGCCACUCGGGCACCGUCGUGGCCUGCGACACGGCGGCACGCACGUUCGCGGAGCUGCCGCGGAUCCUCCCCGUGCACUUCGAGUACUCCAUCGACGUCGUGGCCUGCGGGGCCGCCGCGUACGCCGUCGUGCUCUCGGAGCACCUCGACACGGCUAGCCUGCGCGUGUGGGAGUUCGCGGCGGGCGCGUGGAGGCAGGUGGCCGCCAUGCCGCCCGCCAUGUCGCACGGCUUCUGCGGCAAGAAGGCCGACAUCAACUGCGUCGGCCACGGCCACCGCCUCAUGGUGUGCGUCAGCGGAAGCUCCGCCGAGGUCAGCGGCUGCUUCAUGUGCGACGUCAGAAGCAACCGCUGGGAGGAGCUGCCCAAGUGCGUCGAUGGCGACGGGGAGGCCAACGAGUUCUUGGCCGCCUUCUCCUUCGAGCCUAGACUGGAGAUCAACGUCUAAGGACUGAGCGUGUAGUCAGUGUGGUGUGCGUGCUUAUUGUGCUAAUUAAUUAAGGAGCGUCGUUUUGUUUUGCUCCUUGCUUCUUACAUUUCUUUGUCUGUAAUAUGUAGCAAUGGCUGUUUGAUUUGCAUGAUCUAGUCGACACAUUUCGGAUUGUUUGAUGGAAAAAAGAGUUAAAUCGA